AUGAGUUUUGCUAAAAAGCCUUUACCUAUUAAAGGAUCUAAAAAGAUAGAAAAAUCUCCUCUUGAAUAAAUUCAAUUGAUUCUUGGUAAUGAAUAUACAGUUGAAUAAAUAUAAAAUACACUAAAUUAAACCUCUGACAUAUAGAAUUCAAUCAAAAUGUUGAAAUAGGAAAGGGAAGCUUUAUAAAACAAUUCUAAGGUUCUUAAAUUUUAGUAAUUGAAUAAAGCAUAAUAAAUCUAAAAACGUCUUAAUAAGUAUAAUAGUAGAUGGAUAAAGAGAGUAUUAGGAGGAGAUAUUGUUUAGAAUAAAAAUUAAGAAAUGUUAAGUAUGAUUCAAAUAUAAAUGGAGAAAAUAUUAAUAGAUUAGGAAUUACAUAAAUAAAUUAUUUAUAAUUUUAGUAUUCCUUCUCGUGAUCAUUAUAAUAAUANGUAGAUUGUGAUGAUUAUAUAUUGGAAAAUGAUGAUUUAAAAUAAUUAACAGAUUAAAGAGUAACAAUUUUAACAGAAUUUUUAAAUAAUGCAAAAGUAGAAUUAGAAAAAUAAUAAUUGAAGAAGAAAAAAGAAAAGGAAAAAGAGAAAGAAAAACAUAUAGGAAAGUAAAAUAAAUUACCUGAUUUUUCUAUACCAAAUAAUAGAAAAUUAGAAGACAUAGUUGAAGGUUUAGAUAUAUUAGCUCAAUAAAUGUUUGAAUAUGAAAGAUCAAAACCUUUAGAAGAAGAUGAGGUUUAUUUUAAUGAGGUGGUACCAUAAAGAUAAGAGCCAUCUUGGGGUUAAAAAUAUAAAUUAAAACGUCCUUAAUAUUUCAACAGAGUUAAGAUGGGUUUUGAUUGGAAUAUGUAUAAUAAAACUCAUUAUGAUGUUGAUAAUCCACCUCCUAAGACUAUUUAAGGAUAUAAAUUUAAUGUUUUCUAUCCAGAUUUAAUUGAUAAAACUUAAGUAUUAUUUAUAUAAUAUUUUAGGCACCUAAAUAUACAUUAGAAACAUGUGAAAAUCCAGAUUAUUGUAUUAUUAGAUUUAUAGCUGGUCCUCCUUAUGAAGAUUUAGCAUUUUAAAUUUUAUGCAAAGAAUGGGAUUACUCAGAUCGUAUGGGUUUCAAAUCAGUCUUUUCAAGGGGAAUACUUCAUUUAUGGUUUAAUUUUAAGAAACCUCGUUAUAGGAGAUGA